AUGUCUAAACGCAGAGUGCUCAACAUCCGCCGGCCCAAGUUGAGCAACGGCAAGACGUGGCUCGCGUUGGACAGUCAGAGUUACGACUACUUCUGCUCACGAGGCAAGAUCGCCAAAGUUGUCACGGGACCGUCGAUCUUCAGCUACGACUAUCUGGCCAUGCCAAUCUAUGGCGGCUUGCUUGGCAUGGCCUUCGAGAAGGAGCAUGGCAGCCGCACGAUAGAAGAGAUGAAGGCGAGGCUUGGGCGCUUCAAGCCACACGUCAUGGAGGCGUGGCAAAUGCCUCUACAGCAGAACGAUUAUGACUGCGGCAUCUUCGUAUGCCAGUACAUUCAAGCGCUAGUGGAGGCAUGCUUCGAAGGUGCUGAGAAUGGGGUGCGGUUCAGCAUGAGCCCACUGGCGUACCGGCGUGUCAUACGGGAGGAUGUGUGCGCCCUGGCAGAAGGACGGCUGAUCGGCGAGCUCACGGCAGCUGGGCAUGAGAUCCCUCCUGGCAAUGAGAUUAGGAAACCACCUGAGCUUGAGGUGAUUGGUGAUGAGGUGGAGGAUAGGGAGUGGAGAGCGGAGAUGGCAGAACGGAUGCAUAGGCUGGAGGUUCGCAACGAGAGUCAGGCAGUGGCUGUUGCCAAGCUCGAGAGGCAAUUGCGUGAUCUGAUGCUUUCCCGUACUCCACAGCCUGGCGUUGGCGGUGUUGAUACAGGGGAGGGACAUGGUGAUGUGGGAGGGGACGCUGUAGGGGAGGGACAUGGGGAUGCGGGAGGGGAUGCUGUAGGGGAGGGACAUGGUGAUGUGGGAGGGAACAACGCUGGCACACAUGACAUCAUGAGAGGUGCACCUGGCGAGGGUCCUGUGGCUGACGUUGAGACGGGUGUAGGUGGGACUAACAGUAAGCUUGACGGCGUUGGGGAGGGUGAUAUGGCGGACGGUACGAGGAGUGACAAUGAGGAAGUGGGGGUGCGUGAUGAAGGUGCCAGAGGCUUGUUGGGUACUAGAGAUGGUAACAGAGGUGCAAGAGAGGCUGUGGGUGCUGGGCAUGGUGUGACUGCCUCGAACGCAGAUGUGGAUUUGGUGUCCGCCCACAGCACAGGGACUGAGACAACGAGUCGCAACACUGCGCGUGGUUGA